CCUAGAUACUCCCACAUUGCAGCCAACUAAGGGAGCAGGAAAAAACUCGUCUGGUUUACGGCCUUCGCACUGCCUGUAAUACUACUUGCUGUAUCCGCGUGUUCUCUAUCAAGGUAUGUAUAGUACAGCGGUUACAGCGAAACCACGCUUGAGUGUGCAAACUCCUGUUGGCUGCUUAGAGGAAACAGGUAUGGUUCCCACAGAUCGUAGCAUCCUCUGGCUCUUCCCCUUGGUGCCCGACUCGUGCUUGGGGCAUACACUGGUCCUCUCGGACUAUCAAUGUCAUCUGGGUGCGCCUGCGUGCUCAGACUGCUGCUAUCCAAUACAUUCGCGAAAUGAGCAGCGAUGCGAAGGAGAACUGACCGGGCUUGCCUUCACAGCCCGCUUCGCCAUACUAUGUGCCUGGCUCAAGCAAUAGCAUGCACUUAGCCUGCUGUUUCACGAUAUCUGCAGCAGGCACGGCUAUUUUCUGCGCUAGGAGCCUGGGUGUUUUAUGCUGUGAGCUGGUCAAACCCCCUCGGAUAAACCUGCGCUUGUGCUCCGCUUCAUAAAUUGCUUG